AUGAAGACACCAUUUAUUACGCUAUUCGUCAUCGUUGCUACCGUAGCCGCCGAAUACAUCUCUCAACUCAAACGAGCUCCUCAACCCGCAUGCCCUAAUGCAAAUUAUAAUAUCGGUCAAUCAAGUCCAGGUACCUUAGAUUGUGGUCCAGGUAAGCCACCUUGUGUUGCUGUUCUCAAUUCAGGCAAAAUAAUCAGUCAACCUAUCCCAGCGUUAAAGUGCGACCCAAACGGGAAAGUAUGUCAAUAUCCCGAUAAUUCCAUGUUGACUGUCGAAUGUCCACAAAAAGGCAAAAUUACAGUUCAAUUCUUUGGUGAUGAAAAUCUUGGCAGAGCACAGAAUGAUGUUCAAAAUGCAUUUGCUUAUUUCAUGUCACAGCAUUGUACACGCCCAAGUCGUUUGGAAUCAGCUCAAGCUGGUGAUACAUUUGUGGUUGAUUGUGAUGGUUUGUUACAUGAUCCACGCUAUCUCCUAGGUGGUUGUAUGCCCUACUAUGAUUACAAUCGUAAAGACUCUCCUGCAAGCUUUGGAUGUGGACCCGGAAAAGGCAAGUGUGUUACGAUCGAAGGAAAGGAAGGUAAAAUCCUUUUAGAUCCUAAAUCAAAACAUAAAGGUCCAAUAGCAUGUGAUCAAACAGGAAGGUUCUGCACGUUCAAGAAUGAUUCACGAUUCUUCAUUCAAUGCAAUCAAGGAACAUACAAGGUACACUUUGGCGCAGCAGGAAAAAAGAAUCACUUUGACGGUCCUGUUAGCAAUUCUUAUGGUUAUUGGAUGUCACAAAAAUGCUCAGCUCCAAACGCACAUGACAAUGAGCAACUCGGUGAUCUUUUAGUAGUGAAUUGUAAUCCACUCGGUCCUCAAAAUGUGUGA